AUGGAUACAUCCUUUGGCUCAAAACGGAUUGAUCGAGUAGAUUUGGCGUGUGUUCGAUGUCGAAGCAGGCACGUCAGAUGCGACGCCACCCAGCCUGCGUGCAACAGAUGCAAGCGUGACGGGAAAGAGUGUGACUACAAGAAAUCCAGAAGAGGAGGUCUCAAUAAAGCGGCACUGGCACAACGACGUUUGAGAUUAGAGCAGCAAUCUGAACACAUACAGCAGAGCCAAGGCAACCAAAGUAUCAACCAUGAGCAUAGAUGUCAAGAUUCCACACUAUGUGUAUCGAACAGCGAUGCGUUGCCAUCAGAAAUUCAACCAGGCAGUCCGGACUUCGACGCGAUAUAUAUCACGCAGUCGCAACCCACCCAUAUUUCUCAACCAUCCCUCGUAUCCUUCCAAGUCAGCAAAGAUCGGCUUAUAGAGCUCUGCUACGAGAACUUCUGGCCUUCAUUUCCUGUUACUCUUCCACUCCACUACCUCCAAGCAAGGAGGUUGAAUCAGAACCAUGGAAUGGAAGUCCUGCUUAUCGUUUUGGAAUGGAUUGGCUCUAUUUACGCUGCGUGGACAUCAUCAGAAGCAUACUACGAAGCCAGUCUUCGAGCCAUCGAUGCACCUACACUUCUCAGAACCCCCUUCAAUGUGCAAGCUUUGAUGUUAUUCGCAAUUGCCCAACACCAUUCGGACUUCAAACAACAAUCGCGAAAGACCUUGGAUCUAGCCAUCACAAUCGCCCUAGAACUACGUAUGAACGAACGUGGGUUCGCGCAGGCCUAUGGCGAAUCGUACCCAGUACUGGAAGAAUCCUGGAGGAGGACGUACUACUUUCUCCAAAUCAUUGACCAGCACUUUUCAGUAGUAAUCAACUCGCCUGUCUAUGCAUUGGCCAAAGUUCCAGGCACAGUUGACCUUCCUUGCGACGACGAAUACUAUGAAAUAGGACAAAUACCCCCUACCAAAACCUGGCGAGAGUACGAGAAUCGGGAGUUUGCCGAAAUCGAGGUCGUUUAUUCAUCUAUCACAUACAUGUAUGACUUGAGUAGAAUCAUUGCUUACGUUAUGAACUUGUUCGUAGAAACAGGCACGUUGAGCGAUAGCUUGAUACAAGUCUGCGACACCAAAAUCGCCGUAUGGCAAGGACUCCUUCCUAGCUGCAAAAAAGAUCCAUUGCGGGGGAACGGGCAGGUUGACGAAGUUAUGUUCAUGGCUCACCUUUCAUCAGCCAUUGUAUUAGUUAUGACACACCGUCUAUUCUCUUCAUUAGCAUACAGUGCUGAAGAGUUGUCAACACACGCUUUCAUAUGCCUCGCUCCCCUUGCUACGCCGCCAAAAAUGGGACGAAACGCACAUACUGCACGCGCACUCAAAGCCUUGGAAAUAUCGACGAGAUUGUUUGCGAUUCCAUGUACUCUCGAAAGACACAACGUUUUCGCCAUGAGCAUCUCGGCACGGCUUGCGACAGCCCAAAUCUCCGCAUGCAAUAAUUUACUUGACGACCAUGCUCAAUCGAUGGCUCGCGAUCGCAUCCGACUUAAUAUCGGUUUCUUGAAAGCAAUGGGGUCUAUAUGGCCGCUCGGAAAGAAGAUGGUCAAAGAAGUUCAACAUGUCGCGCGGUCGACUUUGAUCAAUCUUCAGAACACUAUGACGGCCAUGGAUACUGACCUUACCGACGAGAUGGAAUUGCUAUGUGACGAGGUGAUAUGGCCUAUCGAUCCUUCGGCAGAGAUCGAUAUUUUCUCGGGUCUUGUAAUUCCAACAAGUUGGAAUUCAACAAAUCUUGGGGACCUCUAA